UCAUCAACUACAACAUAGGAUGGCACUGCUGUCACAUAUUUGCAUCUCUCACUUCUCUUCUAUUACACCUUCUUCAUCUUUCUCCGUUUCACCAACCACUUUCCUCCAAUGCUCUUGGUUGUCCACAGACUCUGGAAACAUUCGAGCCACAAACCUUUGUUCCAACUUUAAUUCUCUUCAUUGUGGAAAGACCCUUUUGCGGCAUAGGCAUAAUAGUCCUUGUUUCUCAAUGCCAUCUUCUUCUUCUUCUUCUUCUUCUUCUUCUCAUUCUCGGACAUCGUGGGAUGAGACUGGUAAACGAUCCAAGAGAGUGUGGAUAUGGACCACGAACAAGCAGGUAAUGACUGCGGCAGUAGAGAGAGGAUGGAAUACUUUUGUUUUCCCAUCACACCAUCGGCAACUUGCUCAAGAAUGGUCUUCAAUUGCAGUAAUAUGCCCACUUUUUGUUAAUGAGGGAGAGGUUUUGGAUGAACAGAAUAAAAGGGUAGCCACAAUUUUUGACGUUUCAAACCCAGAGGAGCUAGAGGGACUUAGACCAGAGGAUGAACAGGCAGAGACCAUUGUAGUUAAUUUACUAGAUUGGCAGGUAAUACCUGCUGAAAAUAUAAUAGCUGCAUUUCAAAGAAGCCAAAAGACCGUGUUUGCCAUAUCUAAUAAUACAUCUGAAGCUCAGGUGUUUCUUGAGGCGCUUGAACAUGGUUUAGAUGGCAUAGUUAUGAAGAUUGAAGACGUUGAAGCUGUUCUUGAGCUAAAGGCAUAUUUUGACAGAAGAAUUGAAGAAAGCAAUCUACUGAGCUUGACUAAAGCCACUGUGACACAUAUUCAAGUGGCUGGAAUGGGGGAUCGUGUUUGUGUAGAUCUCUGCAGUCUCAUGAGACCUGGUGAAGGACUUCUGGUUGGAUCUUUUGCCAGAGGAUUAUUUCUUGUUCACUCAGAAUGCUUGGAGUCAAAUUACAUUGCAAGUAGGCCUUUCCGGGUGAAUGCAGGACCAGUGCAUGCCUAUGUUGCUGUUCCAGGAAACAGAACAUCCUACCUGUCAGAAUUGAAGUCGGGAAAAGAAGUUAUUGUUGUUGAUCAGCAGGGUCACCAACGAAUUGCUAUUGUUGGGCGUGUAAAGAUAGAAAGUAGACCACUAAUCCUAGUGGAGGCAAAGAUAGAAUCAGAUAAUCAAACUAUCAGCAUCCUUUUACAAAAUGCAGAAACAGUUGCAUUGGUUUGUCCCCCACAAGGAAAUACACUGUCAAAAACAGCCAUUCCAGUGACCUCACUCAAAGUUGGAGAUGAAACUCUUUUGAGAAUACAAGGAGGUGCUCGGCAUACAGGAAUAGAAAUUCAAGAAUUUAUAGUUGAGAAAUGAACUAGUAAUAAUGUAUUCAAGUUGUAAUACUCAUUCAAAUUGUGAACCUUUGUUCUCCCUGCAGUUAUGAUGGUAGAGUAGAUUAUGAUCUGGCCAGAGACAUGGAAACGAGCAGCUUAUAUUUUACUCUACACAUGACAUUUGAGUUAUGGAGUUAGGUUGGGCCAAAGGGUUUAACACGAUUGCACAAAAGCAGUAAUUCACAGAACUGUUGAUGUAAUCACCAAGUGUUUGUUAACUUCACCAUCACGAUUGAGCUCUAAAUGCAUCUUGGAUGGAAGUAGCUCUCCAUUUCCUUCUUUCAAAUGUUUUUAGGGGCCUAUGAACUGAGAGUUUGCAUAGGGUUCAUCUAAAUCAAAGAUGUUGCUGACAUUUUCUUCAACAUUUAAAAAUUGAGGUGUCAUCUCU